AUGGCCACUAUGGUGACUGUGCUCAUCCUGCUUGUGCUCUUCCUAUAUACAGAGUCAUAUGACCUGAAAUCCAAUAAGUCAGCAUUGGUGGAGCUCUCAGACUACCUUAUGGAUGGCUACCACAAAGGGGUAAGACCCGUGCAGAACUGGAGAAAAACCACCACUGUAUUUAUAGAUGUGGCCAUAUAUGCAAUUCUUGGAGUGGAUGAGAAAAACCAAAUUGUGAAGAGCUAUAUCUGGUACAACCAGUCAUGGGUGGAUGAUUUUCUUAAGUGGGAUCCGAUCCAGUUUGACAACAUCACUCACAUCUACCUUCCCACACAUUCAGUAUGGCUUCCAGAUAUUAUGAUUGAAGAAAUAGUGGGCGCUAGGGAGUCUACAGACGCACCGUACGCCUUUGUGAAUAACAAUGGCAGAGUUUUCAAGAACAACCCCAUACACAUAAUGACUUCCUGCAGUCUUGACAUCUACUAUUUCCCCUUUGAUAUUCUGAACUGUUCCCUCUCGUUCAGAAGCUGGCUUCAUUCAACUCAGGAAAUAAACAUUUCUUUUUGGAGAACACCAAAGGACAUGCAAUUAGUCAAAGAAUCUUCUGAGAAUGAGGGAGAAUGGGAUAUAGUAAGCGUGGUGCCCUGUUACCAAGAAACCACCGACCAUAGCCUUAAGUUUGGUCUAAUUACAUUCUACGUUGGUAUCAGGAGAAGACCUCUCUUCUACAUUGUGAAUCUGAUUCUCCCCAGCAUUCUCCUCAUGAUCAUGGAUAUUAUUGGCUUCUAUAUUCCACCAGAGAGUGGAGAGAGGAUAUCAUUCAAGAUCACUCUUCUUUUGGGCUACUCUGUCUUCCUCAUCAUUGUAUCUGAUACAUUACCUGCAACCGGAGCUCCACUAAUAGGUAUAUACUUUGCUUUGUGCAUGCUUCUGCUUUUGAUAAGUCUAACACAAAGCAUCUUGAUCGUCCGAUCGUUUCAUCAGCGCAAUCUCAGGCCAGAGGUUCCCAAGUGGUUAAGAACAUUAGUCCUGGAGAAGAUUCUGAAACUCAUAUGUUUGGGGGAC